UUCACCGUGAUGACAGAAAAACAAAAACAUACUUGCAAACAGAAACUGACUUCAAAUUCGUAUGCUCCGUUUUCUGAAACGAUCAUUAAACUUUCGGAAUUUUUCUAGGUGGUUUAAUAAAGCUGAUACGAUGGCGAGAGAUAGAUUUUUCCACAAUCCAUUUACAGAUUUUACUACUGAAAACGCACACGAAUUGGUUGAAAGUUUGAAGAUCCAUAAAAAUGAGAAAUUUAUAGAAAAAGUGAAUGAAAGAUGGGAUGCGGUGGAGGAAAAAUUUCAAUAUAUUGAUCAACAUGAUUAUACAGUUUACACAGGAACUGCAGGUCUGGCUCUGUUAAAACUCAAGAAGGACCCAGAUAAUCCUAAUAAUUUGAAGGAUAUAUUGGAUCUUUUACCUCUCAAAAGGUUGAAAAACAGAAGGCAUACUUUCCUUUGUGGCGACACUGGACCUUUGGCCAUAGCAGCAGUUGUCCAUUAUAAAUUGAAAAACCAUGAUCAGCUCAAAGCAGUUGUUGAUAGAUUACUGUCAAUGCAAGACGAAGUGUUUAAUAUCAAUUCCGAUUUACCUAACGAAUACUUAUAUGGCAGGGCAGGUUACCUAUAUGCCAUUUUAUUCGUUAAUAAGAACGUUAAUCCGCCACCAUUUCAAGAUGAUUUCAUAAGAAAGAUUGUAGAGAUGAUCUUGAUCUGUGGUAAAAAUGAAGCAAAAGCAGGUAAAUUCAAUUGUCCUUUGAUGUAUCAGUGGCAUGAUAGCUAUUAUCUGGGGGCUGCACAUGGAUUGUCUGGUAUUUUAUAUUUGCUGCUGCAAAUUAAGGAGUAUUUGACAGAGUCGGAGCUGAACAAUCUUAUUAAACCCACAAUUGACUACUUGAGUACAAUCAGGUUUCCAAGCGGUAAUUAUCCAUCUUCGAUGGGUAGAGAUGUAGACCGGUAUGUUCAGUGGUGUCAUGGAGCUCCAGGCUUUGUUUUCAUGUUCAGUCAAGCUCAUAAAGUUUUUGGUGAUCCGAAGUAUCUUCAGUUAGCUUUGGAAGCUGGGGAGAUUGUUUGGCGAAGAGGAUUAGUAAGGAAGGGUUACAGCAUUUGCCAUGGAGUGUCCGGAAAUGCUUACUGCUUUUUGGAACUGUACCAAACUACUCAGGAGCAGAAACAUCUACAUAGAGCCAUCAAAUUCGCAGAAUGGUGUCUUGAUUACCAGAAGAUCCACGAGGAAUAUCCACCUGAUAGCCCAAUAUCUCUGUUCGAGGGUAUUGCAGGACCGAUGUACUUCUUAUUGGAUAUUUUGAAACCAAUGGAAGCCAAGUUUCCUGGAUACACCUUGUAAUUUGAAUUUUUUUAUGAGACUGAUUGGAUCUUAUUUGUAUGCUGUGUGUUAAUAAAUUCUAAGUGAUAGUUGUAA